AUGCUGUCACUCAGAAUCACCUGUGGUCUCCUUCUUGCAGCCCUCGCCCACGCGGGGUUGCAUCGAGUCUCGGAACAGAGACGCUUCAUUCAUCCGGGAUUGAUGUAUAGCGCUGAGCAAACCGAGACCUUUCGGUCGAACGCGUUGUCUGGCGAAGAGCCAUGGGCGUCCACCUACGAGGCCUUGAAAAGUGAUCCGCGCGCCAGUUAUAACUACACCAUGAGAGGCCCCGCUACCAUCAUAGGCAAUACGGAUAACGCCACGAUCAACAGUAACGCGAAGAAAUGGGAAGCCGAUGUCCUCGCCGUCCACCUCAACUCACUGAAUUUUGCGAUAAGCAAGGACCCUGCAUAUGCCAGCAAGGUCACCGAGAUUGUGGAUGCCUGGUCAUCGACUCUCGAGGAAGUUACCCCCGGGUCGAAUUUCGUGGGCGGCCUGAUUGGGUUUGGGUUCAUCAAUGGAAUCGAGCUGGUCAAGCAUGUCAAUGGGGGGCGUUGGCCAAGUGGAGAGCAGAACUUCAAGCGCGUGCAGAAAAUGGCCCAGACCCUUCUCAUGCCCGUCAAGAAUGCUGCCGCGCGACCGCCCGACCAGCCAGCGGCGGGCGGGAACCAGGCGUUCUUGAGCCACAUGGCAGGAAUGUCGUUCGCGAUCUUCACGAACAACCGCACGGGCUUUGAGGAGGAACUUGACACCAUCAUGCACCCUUUUGAAGGCUGCAUCGGCGACCAGGGCGGUGGUAUGCAGGCGCUGCUGCAUCCCGUUACCGGGCAAAAUGCCGAGGCCGGGCGUGACCAGGGCCAUGCUGCUGAUGAAGUUGGGUGGAUUGAGCAAGCAGCUCGCGUCGCGGCGAAUCAAGGCCACACUGAGCUUUUUGAUCUCAAGAGCCAGGAUGGAAACGAGACUCCGCUGAUCCUCCUGGCUGUUGAGUACUACUUCAAGUACAAUCUAGGGUACGAUGUUCCCUUUGAUGACACCUGGCAUCCCUGCUGCUGUGGAAAUGUCAACUACAAGGUGAUUUCCGACAAGGAUCGCGGCAUUGUGAAGCCCAUUGGAGAAGCCGCCUAUAACUACUAUGUUGGUCAAAAGGGACUGUCUAUGCCGUAUACGACUGAGUGGCUGCUGAAGAAGCGCCCUCUCCAAGUCGCAGCAUCAAACGUCUUGGAUUUCCUAUCUUAUGGAACAUUGGUGUGGGCUUUUUCGGAUCUCUGA